AUGAACAUCCCAAGUCGUCUGGAAAUAAAAUCCAGGCGAAGGUCACCCAUAGAGUCGUUGCCCGCCGAGCUGGUGCAUAAGAUCUUCUUCCAAUGCCUUGAAUUCAACUUCCCUCGUGCUUCAAUACGCAUUGCUCACACCCUAUCAUCGUCGAUAUUAUAUACCUGGCUUAUCCGUCUUGCAUUCAGCAGCUGCAAUCGCUCGUCAAGAUUCGAUAAUAUCUAUGGAUCUCACCAUUUCCUCCCCCUCGAUUUCUUUUACUUUAAUCACCUUGAGAGAGCAAAGAUCCAAACCGAGAUUCUUAAGUGCAGGUGGCUCACGGCUUCGUUGCUUCGAAAAUGCCAGAGAGAAUAUGUGGAGCAUGUUAUCAGAGAGAAACGCUCUCAUUUUGUGAUAUCCCCAGACGAAGACCAAGAUAUUCUCUCAAACUUAGAUCAAUAUUGGCAAAAUAUAAACAGAUUCGAUCCUACGCCUGUCGGAAAACGCGGAAAAGGAGACUUGGUGAUACGCGCGCAUAGCCUGGAAAAUGACCAACCAUGCAAGAUUGCAAUAUGGUUCAGUUUCGGUGCAUUCCAAAUUCGAGAUUUGAACCCUGUGUUUCAAGAAAUCGAUAUAUUUCGACUUCCCUGUGCUCCUCCUUAUCCAGCAGAGCCAUGCAGAAUGCCAGAUCGACUUCUCACACCUCCUUGGACGGAAGACAAACUAGAACUCCUUACCCUCCUCUCGUCAGAUGCCUAUAUCGACGGUGGUUGGCCUCCCGAUAGGUCAAAAGCAGUGUUGAGAAAAGUCAUCGAGGAUCGCGAACUCGAUGUUUUUAGAUGCUUGCUGAGCUUACAUAUAUGUGGCAAACAAUACAGGUAUCCCUACCCUUGGCCAGUGAGCCAUAAUCAUUUCAGGGUAGCUGCCAGGCAUGCGGAGACAAACAAAGAUCCUUUUUUGCAGCUAUUAUUUGAUAAGAGAAAGGAUAGCAUUCCCCGAGAUGAUGCAUCUAUCAUGACGUUAAUGGAAAAAUAUUCCUGUACCGGAUCGUAA